AUGGGGAAGUCUGACAUAGAAAUUGCUGUUCUAAGGCACAGAAAAGCCAGGAUUAGGGAAUUACGCCACCGACAACUACUUAACGCUGCUGAUGUUUCACCCCCUGAGGCAAUCAAUUACAUGGCAAAAAGACUAUAUAUGGCAGCCACAGAAGGUAACAUUGACGAAUUUGAUGUGGUAGUGUUUGAAGGACCUGUUCUAAGAGAAAUAACCCCUCAAGGAAAUACAAUCCUCCACCUUGCUGCCAUAUAUGGUCACGUCCAACUACUUGAGCAUAUUAUCAACUUUGAGCGACGCGUUAUGCAGAAUUGGGACCCAAUUCCGAAUGAUUACCAAAGCCUUUUGUUAAGACCAAACUUCCAUGGUGAUCUUCCUCUCCAUGUUGCAGCUGCUGCAGGCCAUGCACCGGUUGUGAUCCUUCUUAUUAACCACUUGAGAAUACUACCGAAUGGAAUGCAAAUUUUACUGAGAGAAGGAAGACAGGAGGGAGUACAAGAUUGUUGGUUAGUGAAGAACAAUGAAGGAAACACUGCCCUGCACCUAGCUUUGAAAGCAAACCGUCAAGAUGUUGCUUUGGCUCUCAUCGCCGUCGAUGUAAGGGUUUCUUAUAUUCCUAACGAAGAGAGAGCAUCGCCCUUGUAUAUGGCAGCUGAAGCUGGGGAUGAGUUGCUUGUGGACCAAAUGCUACAAAAUCCUGCUGCUCGCUUUGAAGGAAAAUCAGUUGUGCAUGCUGCCAUCAAAAGCAGAAACAUAGCGAUCUUAAAUAGUCUAUUAGUUCCCAUGUACGGAAAUCUCAUCAACUCAAGGGACGAAGAAAAAAGGAGCCCUCUCUCAUAUGCAGCGUCGGUAGGAUAUGAUGACGGAGUGCGCCGUCUAUUACAGGGGUUUGAAAACGUUCCUUAUGUGAGGGAUCAUGAUGGUUUCUUCCCCAUCCAUUCGGCGUGCAGAAGAGGUCAUGUGGGUGCUCUGGAAGUUAUCCUGGAAUUCUGCCCUGACACGAUUGAGCUACUUAACUUACAAGGUCAAAAUGUCCUUCACAUUGCAGCUGAAUGUGGGAAAAAUGAAGUUGUCAAAUACAUUCUCAGAAACGAAAAGUAUGCAGUCCUCAUAAAUCAGAAGGAUCAUAAAGGAAACACUCCACUACACUUGGCUACAAUGUCCUGGUAUCCCAAGAUUGUGCAUACACUUAUAAAUGAUGGAAGGGUUAAUGUGGGUGAACAGAACAAAUUGGGAUUUACAGCUCUUGAUGCAGCUGAAGAAUGUAUGGAAUUGAACCCCACUUUCCGCGAGCGACUGACAUGGAUGGCUUUAGAGUGUGUUGGUACACCAAGAGCUCUAAAAUUAAUGCCUUAUGAUCCACUUUUGGCACAUGGGCCCCAGGAAGGAAUUAUCCAGGCCAAUGAGAUACCAUCGGCCAAAAAGUACAAAGAUAGGGUCAACACUCUGCUGUUGCUGGCUAUACUCGUUGCCACUGUGGCAUUUUCUGCAGCUUUCAGUGUGACAAAAGUACCUGAGGAGUCAAAACAUUGGUAUAAACCAGUUGCGUUGCAAGUCUUUGUGGUUUCCAACACAAUUGCAAUGUACAGUGCUGUUCUCACGACUGUUGCUCUCAUAUGGGCACAACUUGGCGAUCUGGUUUUGAUCCUCAAUGUUUUCAGGUUCGUGCUGCCGCUUCUUGGCUUUGCUCUUAUUUCUAUGUCUGUGGCAUUUCUAGCCGGUAUGUUUGUAGUGGUGGGAAACCAGGUUUGGCUUCCUUUGUUGCUAGCUGCAUCAGGCGGCAUCUUCUUGCCAAUGCUUGUUCUGCUGGUAGUUCCUUUUGUAUUGCCUUAUACGUCGAGUCCAACCCUUUUCAGAUAUGUCUUGCGUUACCCUUUUUGGCUUCUUAUGCUCAUUGUGUGGAAUGAUACUGACGAUGACUUGGAAUGA